AAAAGAUUUAACGAUUAAUCAAUAGCCAAUGUGACUGAAAUCAAGAUAUAAGUCUUGUGAAACUUUGCAUUUGUUAAAGAAAGACAUUCGCUUAAUGUGGUACGUUAGUCAGCAAUAUGGUUUUUCGUGAAAGGACAAGUGUGAUUGCCAUUUACUUUCUACUUUUGGACUUUUAGCCUUCAAAUUGUUGACCACAGCCCUAAGAAUCUCUUAGUUAACUCUGUGUUGUUCAAAAUUUUGUUAUCCUACCAAACACUGAAAUGAACUAUUGAAAUUAUUCUACACAGUGUGAAAAGAAAACAAUAAUAAUACAGAAAUUAUUAAUUGAUGUCCGAGAAGGAAUUUUACGUGAAAUUCUAAAUAUAGAUGAUAUCAUAUUCUAUGGAUUUUAUACUGGGCGAAUUCUAAGGACACAACUGUUAAACUAUUGAUACACAUCAAAGACAUCUGGAAUUAAGCUUAAUAAAGCUUACAUUAUUUAGGGCUAACAUUAAUACAAUUUUUUAUAUGUUAUGAAUUUGAUCGUGUUAUUGAAUAAUAUAAGAUGUCGGACAAUAAAACAGAAAAGUAUAUCAUGCAAACAUUUCUGCUUUCAUGGAUUGUACUAACUACAGCAACACCAUCAAUAUUUUUGAGAAGUCAAGGUGAUUGUGAUCCUAACAUUCCAUCAAGAAUUGUUCCUCUGUCUCUUAAUUUUGUUGCGGAUGUGGAUGGAAUCAAAUCAAACGUUUGUGGUGAAGGAGAGUAUCUGGACUGGUUUGAAUGUAAACCCUGUGAAGAUGGAACAUUCAUGACACCAAAGAUGGCACAAGAAGGGAAACUUUCACAUUGUCAGAAGUGUUACGAGACAAGAAUGGCGAGUGCCUUUUAUCUAUAGAAUAAUUGCCAGGUUUUCAUAUUCAUCUUGCUUUUCUUUUCUGUAGUUUUGACAAAAUAAACUCACAAGAGGGAUAAGAGCGUUUUAAUAGAGCGGUAAAUACGUACCCGCAACUCCCCCAUUUUAAAACGGGAUUUAAAGUGUAGCAAAAUUAGGGGAGAGGUAUUUUUUUUUAAAUUUUUUUUUUCUCCCUCUAGUACGAGAUUGUUGUAGAACCGUGCACCAAGACAAGAGACGCUACAAUCAUGUGUGAAGACGGAUAUUAUAGAAAUGACGUACCGGGAACAAUCUGUCAGUCUGAAUGUAGACCAUGUGACGUGUGCGGUCUGGGCAGGAAUAUGUUCAAGAACUUUGAAAUACGUGAAUGCAUCGGGUACCAAAAUACAAUAUGUUGUAGCAGUGCCGACAUGCAUGUGGUGAAUGGUGAAUGCAUUCUUCAAACUACAACAACGGUUUUAACAGCUACAACAGCUACAAACGACACAUCUACACGCCCCUUAUAUACAUUUUCUGACGUUACACAUUCACAAACUAAUGCACAUCCUUCUUAUAAGACUCUAAAUCAAAGUUCAACGCUAUUUUUAAUGAUUACAUAGGUGAGGUUGGCAUUUGUUUCUAAAUAAUCUUUGCGUUUUUGUUCAAAUAACAUAGACAUUCUCAAGCAAUGAUUUAGUGCUUUAGUAUUUUUAAUAGAAAAUAAAAUGUUGUGAUGAAAAUUUUUGCUACUGCUGUAAUAGUGUACACAUGUGUAAGGAUUAACAUAGUACUGAGGUUCAAUGAUUUACAAAUGUUUAUUUUUGACCAAAGUACUUUAGUGUCCAUGAAAAAUACCAAAUUUCUGCGUGUUGAAUUUAUUAAUAUAUAUCAAGACAAUUACAUUUUUUUGUUGGCCAAUUAAAUUUAUUUUGUGACAUCGAAUAUGCAUAUCUUUUAACAGCUUCUUUAUAAUACAUCUUGAUAUCAUUAGAACAC